AGUGCAAGUGCUAAUUAAGUUUCCAUUUCACACAUGGCUAAUAAUAAUCCAUGGUGGACGGGCCAAGUAGGGUUUUCGGGAAUGGAUCCGUCGUCGUCCUCCGCCCCCGCCGCAGUCAGGAUCAACCCGGAUCCGGCGGUGAACGACAACGAUGCCGGUGAGAUCUAUAGGGGAGAUGAGGAGGAAGAAGAAGAGAGAGAUCCCGGGGACGACGAGGAGGCGGCCUUGACGACGGCGACGAGGAGGCGGCCUCGGGGGAGGCCGCCUGGCUCGAAGAACAAGCCGAAGCCGCCGGUUUUCAUCACGAGGGACAGCCCCGACGCGCUGAGGAGCCACGUCUUGGAGGUGGCGAACGGGGCCGACGUGGCGGAGAGCAUCGCCCAGUUCGCGCGGAGGAGGCAGAGGGGUGUUUGCGUCAUGAGCGCCACCGGCACCGUGACGAACGUUACCCUAAGGCAACCGUCCUCUCCGACCGGGGCCGUCGUGGCGUUACACGGCCAGUUCGAGAUACUCUCAUUGACCGGCGCGUUCCUCCCCACCAACACAGUCCCGUCGGGCCCGACGGGACUGACUGUGUACCUAGCCGGUGGACAAGGGCAAGUUUUGGGAGGGAGCGUGGUGGGCUCCCUCGUCGCGUUUGGACCGGUCAUGGUGAUCGGUUCCACGUUCUCAAACGCCGCUUAUGAGAGGCUGCCCUUGGAGCCGGAUGAUCACCAGAGAGACCAUCCGGCCCCGCUCAGAGUCGGUGAAACUCCACCACGGCUCGGUGCAGUGGAUCCGUCUCUGGUGCCAUUGGGUCUAUACAAUUCCCCCCCAAAUGUGAUGCCUAAUAGCCAUGAAGCCUUUGGUUGGGCUCAUGGCGGCCGGCCUCCAUUCUAAAAACCUAAAAAGGUCUGAGGAAGCCUUCGGGAAUGGGGCUCAUCCUUCUUUUAUUGAUAAAAAGUACACAAGUGCACCGACGUUGGUGUACAUUUGGUUUGUACACCAACGUCGGUGUAGCUCUCUUGCCCUGUUUAGCUACUCAUGUCGGGUCCGCUCUUUGCCCGAAAAGCAAUGUUUUGGAGAUCAGACUGGGAAUCAAACCAAACAAGUUAGUAGGUCAGAGCUUAAUCGGUCGGACAGAUUGAACCAGACCUUCGACUCAAUCAACGUAUUCGUAACUA